CGGGGAGACGACAACUCCAGACUCGCCAAGGCAGCAGAUUAUGUCCGGGCUUUUCUCCUCGGAUUUGAACAAAGAGAUUGUGUGGCUCUCUUGAGGCUGGAAGACAUGUACUUGGAGUCUUUUGAAGUCCAAGACGUCAAGAAACUCACCGGCGCGCACUUCUCCAGGUGCAUCGGGCGGCUGACCGGGCGCAACGGCUCCACGCGCUUCGCCAUAGAAAACGCCACGCGAACUCGAAUUGUAAUUGCAGGAAGAAAAAUUCACAUUUUGGGAUCUUUCGAAUGCAUAAAACUGGCGAGGCAUUCCAUCUGUUCGUUGAUCCUCGGAAAGCCGCAAGGCAAGGUGUACAGCCAACUGCGCACCGUUGCCAAGCGCCUCAGCCAGCGGAUCUGA